AUGGAGUAUGGAUCUGCUUUGCGGCAUCGAGAUCCGCGAUCUUGUCUCAUCGGCGCCCUCGCGUUCUGGCUUUUCUGGCGCUGGCAGGUAGAAAAGGCGGAAAGGUUUCCGGUCUUCCAAAGAAGCGAAGACUGGUAUGAAACGAAGGUGCUCCGCCGAUCGGCGAAGGAGCCUCAAGCUCCGUUGUCGGGCCAGACUGCCCGAGAAUGGACGUCCAGGUUCUACAAGAAGGCCGGCAUCAAGGUCUCCAAGAUCCGCCGAGCCGGUCGUUGGAAUAACGGAGACCAAAUGACCGGCUGCUAUCUGACUUCCCUGCCUUUCGAAUUCAUGAGGGCCGUGGCCGACUUUGACCCUGAAUGGUCGGGGUCUUAUUUCGUGCCCGGGCCACCAUCUGGGGUGGAGCAGAACAUGGCCGCCGGCGCCUUCUUGGAACUCCUGGAGUGGCUUCGAGAGGUGCUCCUGCAGGACGCUGUCUUCCUUCGCGAGUCCUACCCCGACCAUCCUAUCUUUCAGGAUCCGGUCUUCUCUUGCCCCGAGUUUGAAGCGUUCGCCAGCAAAGUUCAAGACACAUGCACACGGGACCACGAAGACAGCCAUACCACGGUCAUUCAAAAGCGAUCCCGGUGGUUGCGGAGAAGCUGCGCACAUUGGAUGAGUUUGCGCAGGCCACCUACACCGUCACCUUCAGCCCCGGCCAAGGUGCUGCAGGUCAACAUGCGGAGAUCGCGGGAGCUCAUCAACAGAGGCGCCGCGCUCCACGAGAGACGGUCCUCAGGUCCGAGAUAG